AUGUUUAUUGUUUCAGUGGUAGUGACAUCAGCGCCAUCUAACGAAGCCGAGCUGCAACUGUACCGAGUAAUGCAACGAGCUAGCUUACUAGCUUACUACGACACGUUACUUGAAAUGGGUGGCGAUGACGUGCAGCAGCUCUGUGACGCUGGUGAAGAAGAAUUCCUGGAAAUAAUGGCAUUAGUUGGGAUGGCGUCCAAGCCGUUACACGUACGGAGAUUACAAAAAGCUCUCCAAGAGUGGGUGAACAACCCAGCACUCUUCCAGAUACCCAUCGUCCCAAACCUCUGUCCCACCGAGAACCCUUUCAUACAGUGCAACCAAAGACUUCUAAACAUCCCACCUACCAUACCAAAUUUACCAAGAACGGUGUCAUCUCCUGAUAAUAAUAGACCCAUGUACAGUCCCUCUCCUGGAGCUCCAGAAAAUAGCUGCGGAUCAAACGCUUCCGCUCCCAAUGCCAGCCCAGUGCACAGUCAGGCAGCUUUCACCAAAAUAGUCCUACCAUCGUCUCCCGCCCCCACCGCUCCUGUCACAACGACUACCAGAUCUUUUUCUCCUCAAAGCGCCUGUCCUCCUGCUUCCUCAGGAUCUAGUCCCAGUUCAGUCACAUCCCCCGUCCAAUUAACGCCAGUCCUAUUAGACGUUCACGUACAAAAACUAGCUGCGGCAGCGGAAAAGUUGUGCAAACACCUUCCGCAGUUCGAACCGAAGCCGCAGAAUACUAAAAAGAAAAUGUGCAAGGAACUCGAGUUGGUGAUGAUGAUGCCGGAGACGGAUCCUCGGCGAAUGGAGGAGAUCAGAAAAUACGCGGCCAUAUAUGGAAGGUUUGACUGCAAGAGGAAGCCUGAGAAACCGUUGACACUACAUGAGGUGUUAGUGAACGAAGCGGCUGCUCAGUUAUCACGAUGCUCGCCAGCAUUGCUCACGAGACGGGACGAGCUGUUUCCUCUCGCCAGACAGCUUGUAAGAAGAGCCGGUCUACACUACUCUAAACAUGGUCUCCCUCCUUCUGCCACAACGGAGGACCGAGAUCGUGAUGAGGAGGAGACUCCGAGCAAGCGACCGCGGCAGGAGAGAGAGGACAAUGGCGUUAGAGCGAGCCCAGAGACAGCACGAUCCAAUUACAGUUGGUGGGGUAAGACGGAGAGUGACGACGCUGACUCUCGUUGUUCUUACUCAAGCACGAGUACACCACCCCCUGAGGGUGAAGAGCGUCCACAAGUCGUGGCUGCAAGGGGUGACAGUAUCAUCGCUGUGGCCAAUCCAGCGCUGGUACACCCUCCGCACCCUCAUCCGCCUCACCCUCACCAUCCCGCCAGAAAUCAUUCUAACUGA